AUGUUGUCUACAGGUGAUGUACAAAAUUAUCUGCGUAAAUUACAAACUGAAUUACGUUUUAUUAAAUUUCGUGAUGUUGAUUAUAAAUCACUUCAAACAGGAAAUCCAUGUGAAUUAUUAAAAAUCUAUCAUUAUGUUUUUCUUGAUUUUAAUCCAUUAUUUGCCAAAAAUUUACUUGAUAAAUGUAAUUGUGAUUUCUAUGGUAAAACAGACAGUCAUUUUAUCGAUACAAUGUAUAAAACAUUACGUGAUCAUUUCAGUUAUAAACCUCCCAUAACAAAAGAACAAUUUUUUACAACAGGUUUUGCUGAACGAAAAUUACAAAUGGCAUGCGAUGUUAUUACACUUGUUCGACAAGAAUGUAAAGAUAUUAAUAUGAUUCAACAGCAACAACAACAAAAAAGACCUGGAUCUAAUUCAGCACGUCUAGCUAAUGGUAUUAAAGAAAAAAAACGAAUAUCAUCAAGUACUCAACAAGCACAAGUAUCAAAUGUUUUUCAUCCAUUACGUGAUAUGAGUUUAGAAACAACAAAUCAUGAUAUAGAAGAAUUUGCAACAAUUCAACAACAUCAAGGAAAUCAUCAUUUAACAAUGCCAAAACAACAACAUAUUGAAAAUUGGUUAGAUGGAUCAGAAUUUGAAGUAUCAUCGAACCAUCGAAAUCAGAAUGAAUUGAAUGAACCAAUAACUGCAAUGACAAUCAAUCGUAUAGAAGAACAAAUUCAAAAGUUAAGAAUUAAAGUUGAAGAUAUUAAUGCUCGACUUGAAAAUGUGACUUCAAUUAUACAAGAAACUCAUCCAGGAAAUCUAUCAUCAUCUGAUAUUACAAAUUUUAAUGCUCGACUUGUCAUCGUUGAAAAUGAAUUAUCUAUGUUACGACGAAAAACACCACAAACAUUUAACAAUAAUGAAAGCCGUACCAAUGUCGUUGAAUCAAAACAAAAACAACCAUUUGUACCGCAAGGUAUUCUUGUUGAUUCUGAUGAAGACGAAGAGACAGUUAAAAGUUAUGCAAUCGAAGAAUCACUUGAAGAUUUUAAUGCAGUUCAACGAGCUCGAUCAUUACUUGAUAGUGCUGAACAAUGUAAUCGUGAUUUAUUACGAUCAAUUCAGACAAAAUCAUAG